CAGCUUUACUUUCUCAGGAUACUACUCUUAGAAAGGAACCUGAAGGAGGAGGACAGAAAAACUGUCAUAAAUUCUUAAAGUCUUAAAGCCAUGUCCAAGAAUUUGGUGACAUUUGGGGAUGUGGCCGUAAAUUUCUCUCAAGAGGAGUGGGAAUGGCUCAACCCUGCUCAGAGGAAUUUGUACAGGAAGGUGAUGUUGGAGAACUAUCGGAGCCUGGUUUCACUGGGAGUUUCUGUUUCUAAGCCAGAUGUGAUCUCUUUAUUGGAGCAAGGACAAGAACCCUGGAUGGUGAAGAAGGAGGGAACAAAAGGCACAAGCCCUGGUUGGGAGUAUGUGUUUAAAAACAGUGAACUCUCAUCAAAGCAAGAUAUUUAUGAAGAGUCACCCAAAGCAAUGACAAUGGGAAGAAGCCAUCUUACUUAUAACCUUGACUGCCCUAGUAUGAGAGAAGACUGUGAAAGUGAAGACUGGUUUAAGAACCAGUUGGGAAGUCAGGAGGUUCAUUCUAGUCAAUUCAUCAUCACGCAUAAAAAAAUCAUGCCAGAAGAUCAAAGUAAUGAAUAUAAUAAAUCUUGGCAAAUAUUCGAUCCAGAAGCAAUACUUGAUAUACAACAGAGUUUUCCCACCAAAGAAAAAGUACACAGGCGUGAUCCACAAAAGAGAAGUUACCGAAAAAAAUCUGUUGAAACGAAACAUAAGAAAGUCUAUGUGGAAAAGAAACUUUUGAAAUGUAAUGAAUGUGAGAAAGUCUUCAAUCAGAGCUCAUCCCUUACUCUUCAUCAGAGAAUUCAUACUGGAGAGAAACCGUAUGCAUGUGUUGAAUGUGGGAAAACCUUCAGCCAGAGUGCAAACCUAGCUCAACAUAAGAGAAUACAUACUGGGGAGAAACCCUAUGAAUGUAAAGAAUGUAGGAAAGCCUUCAGCCAGAAUGCACAUCUUGCUCAACAUCAGAGAGUUCAUACUGGAGAGAAACCUUAUCAAUGUAAAGAAUGUAAAAAAGCCUUCAGCCAGAUUGCACACUUGACUCAACAUCAGAGAGUUCAUACUGGAGAGAGACCUUUUGAAUGUAUUGAAUGUGGGAAAGCCUUUAGUAAUGGUUCAUUUCUUGCUCAGCAUCAGAGAAUUCAUACAGGAGAGAAACCUUACGUAUGUAAUGUAUGUGAGAAAGCCUUUAGCCAUCGUGGAUAUCUAAUUGUACAUCAGAGAAUUCAUACUGGAGAGAGACCUUAUGAAUGUAAGGAAUGUAGGAAAGCCUUUAGCCAGUAUGCACAUCUUGCUCAACAUCAGAGAGUUCAUACUGGAGAAAAACCUUAUGAAUGUAAAGUAUGUAGGAAAGCCUUCAGCCAGAUUGCAUACCUUGAUCAACAUCAGAGGGUUCAUACUGGAGAGAAACCAUAUGAAUGUAUUGAAUGUGGGAAGGCCUUUAGCAAUAGUUCUUCACUUGCACAACAUCAGAGAAGUCAUACUGGAGAAAAACCCUAUAUGUGUAAGGAAUGUAGGAAAACAUUUAGCCAGAAUGCAGGCCUUGCUCAACACCAGAGAAUUCAUACUGGAGAGAAACCUUAUGAAUGUAAUAUUUGUGGGAAAGCCUUUAGCUAUAGUGGAUCUCUUACUCUACAUCAGAGAAUUCAUACUGGGGAGAGACCAUAUGAAUGUAAGGAUUGCAGGAAAUCUUUCAGGCAGCGUGCACACCUUGCUCAUCAUGAGAGAAUUCAUACUAUGGAGUCAUUCUUGACUCUUUCCUCUCCCUCACCCUCCACAUCCAAUCAGUUGCCAAGACCUGUAGGUUUUAUCUCCUAAAUAUGUUUAGAAUGUGAUCCCUUCAAUCUAUUUCCAUUUCAUCCUUGUCCAAUGCAUAUUGAUAUAUUUUACAUGGAAUAUGGAAAUAGCUUUCUAAUUGGUCUCCCUGUAUUUACCAUCACCACUGUUAGUUGUCCACAUAACAGCCAAACUUGUAUUUAAAAACUUGAUCAUAUCAUUUAUCCUUCAUUAAAAUUCCUCAGUGAUAUCCCAUAGCUCUUAAGUUAAAGCACACAUUCCUCAAAAUAGCCUAUAAGACCCUUUACCUCCCAAUACCUCCUUGUUCCAGACUACCUUCCAAAGCCCUCUCAUGUCACUAUCCAUCUCAUUAUCUGCAUACUUACCCAGAAUUAAGAACUCGUAUUCCAGCAUCAAAUAAAUCUGGGUUAGAGUUCUUGCUCUUCCAUGUUCUAGCCCUCUUAAUUUGAGGGGAGUAUUUUGUCCUUGGCAAGCUUCAGUCCUAUUUAUAUUAUGGAAAUAAUAAUGGUACUACCUCAAAAGUUAAUGGAAGAAUUAAAUAAUGCAUGUAAAUUGCUCAGCAGAGUGCCUAGCAUAAAGUAAUAACUAAAACAUGUAUGUAAAAUAAAAAGAUACCAUGGUAUAAAAUGCAGAGCUAAUCGUCUCAGCUGUGAUCCAUUUGAGAAAUGGAAAGAAUCAGCAGCUC